CAGUACUCCGCACUAUAUAUGUUAGGCAGUCCCAUUGCAUUUCCGCGUAAAAUGGAAGCUAUAGCAAGCACCAAAAUGAAGAAACUCCUCCUUUGCUUGAGCUCUAUAGUCUUAGCCGUUGGAGUGUGCGGCGGCCCUUUGCUCUUACGCCUCUACUUCCUCCGCGGAGGCCACCGGAUAUGGUUUUCCAGCUGGCUACAAACCGCCGGAUUCCCCAUCAUUUUCAUGCCACUUCUCCUAUCAUAUCACCGCCGGCGAUGUGGUGGUGAAAGCCCAAGAAACACCACUGCCCUCUUCCAGAUUUCUCCGUGUUUAUCCAUAUGCGCAGCCCUAAUCGGUGUUCUCGUCGGCGCCGACAACUACGCCUACUCCUACGGCGUGGCAAAGCUUCCGGUGUCAACCUCAUCCCUUGUCACCGCCACUCAGCUCGCCUUCACGGCCGGGUUCGCUUUCCUGCUCGUGAAACAGAAGUUCACGGCCUUUUCCGUCAACGCCGUAGUUUUGUUGACUCUGGGGGCGGUGGUGUUGGGCGUGCAUGCCGGAAGCGACCGGCCGAACGGGGAGUCAAAGAAUGCGUAUACGGUGGGGUUUGUGUUGACGGUGGCGGCGGCAGCUUUGUAUGGGCUGAUCCUGCCAUUGGUGGAGCUGAGUUAUGCGAAGGCAAAACAGACAGUUAGCUUAGGUUUGGUGUUGGAAUAUCAGUUGAUUAUGGGUUUUGUCGCCACGGUUAUCUCCACCGUAGGAAUGCUUAUCAACCAGGAUUUUGAGGCAAUUCCAAGGGAGGCAAGAGAAAGUGAACUCGGUGAAGCCAAAUUCUACACAUUAAUAGUAGGGAGCGUGAUCGUGUGGCAAUUCUUCUUCGUCGGAGCCGUCGGAGUGAUUUCCUUCGGCUCAUCAUUGCUCUCCGGCGUCAUAAUCACCGUUCUCCUCCCCGUCACGGAGGUCUUCGCCGUCAUCUUCUACCACGAGAAGUUCCAAGCCGAGAAGGGGAUCUCCCUCUUCCUCUCCAUAUGGGGUUUUGCGUCUUAUUCGUAUGGCGAGAUUAAGCAAAUGAAGAAACCUAAACAGCUUCCCCUCUCGGUAGAGACACAGAUGAUGACGCCGAGGACGUCAACUUCUACAGCUGUCGUGCCCUCCCACCAAACUGUUUAAUGUAGUAAUUACGAGUAGUGGGUAUCUAACCUAAGUGUAUUUGUACAAUGGGUGGAAUAAAUAAUUUUGAUUUCAAAUGGAUAAAUAAAAUUAAUGUGUCCCAUAUUGCUCUCUGUCUCUUGAGAUCAUGAAAGCAUCUUUUCACUCAGUUAAAUGAAAAAUUCUAUUUGUACAAAUAAUUGGUACACAACACACUUUUCUGUGCACACAGUCGUUUAGAAAAAACAGCAAUUGUCUGUGUACACAGAUGAGUGUGAAAUAUACAAAACAUGUGUACACACCUACUUACAUGUGUAAACAAGCAACUAAUUUAGAAAAAGGUAGCAAUUGUCGUAUUGACAAGAAAGUGUGUUGAGUGUGUACAAAUAAUGUGUACAUAAACAAUGAUUGCAAUUAAAUUGAGAGGGGCCAUCAUAUAUGGACAGAAGACCUACGCCUUCUGGCGACGCAGUGGACAGAAGACCUACGUCUUCUGUUGCCGGACAGAAGACCUACGCCUCCAGUUGCCAGACAGAAGACCUAAUGUACGACAUUAUGAUUGUAUUAAAAUAACAGACUUUGUUCAAAUAAAUGAUAGGUAUCUAUUCAUCGUGA